UAUUUAUAUUUUAGGUUGGAAAUAUUUCAUGAGGUGAUGCGUAUCAUCAGGGUCAAUGAGCUAUUCUAUCAAAGACAACAUGGAUGCAACUUAGAGGACAGGAGUACUGCAGAAUACCUUCUCGUUAUCUAUUCAAUAGGAGAGUCUGAUUGAUAAUAACACCCGCAAUAUAUACAUAUAUAUAUGUAUGCACAAAUGUGCAUGUGUGCAUACGUAAUAUUUUAUAGAAUAAACAACACAAUCUAUUUCAACUCAAUCAAGUAGAAUCAAAGAAGUGAAGAUGUCUGCAGGAUUAAAAUGGUCAGAAAAGUCUUACACACUGACUGAUAUUGAUUCUCAACUUCGUAUCGGUUCCUGUAUUGUGAAGAUUGAACAAGGACAGGAAUUGCAGUCAUUUCUUGACACGUUUGCAAUAAAAUAUUUCAAAAAUCUUUUCAGUGUUCAAGCAUAUAAAAUGAACAAUAAUGAAGACCUCACCGAUGCUUCAACAUAUGGUGAAGAAGUGUGUAUACCAUUAAAUUAUACAAAGCAUGGUUCCAUAAUUCCUAUCUAUGGCACUUCACAUGUCUUCAAAACUGUUGAAGAGCUGAUAAUGGCUUUUCCGCGUUACGUUGAAGUGCAGGAUAACUUAACGUUUUGUUCGAAUAACUGCCUCAUUCACUUAAAGCCUGGUGAUCAUCUAGAACUACUGAAAGUCGAGAAAACAAUGAACACAAAUAGUAACCAACUGGUAUGUCAGAGAACAGAUGAUAAACAAAAAAUUAACUUAACUGCAAGUAGUAUUGGUCAUUUCAAAACUGUGGCUGAUCCAAAUACAUACAGCAUCAAAGAUGUAUUAAAAAUACUUAAGUUGCCACAAUUUAUAAAUUUUGGCAGCAGUAGUAAUGUUGUUGCAGACUUGGAAGGUGCUGAGGGUUACAUUAGUGAUGUUGAGUUUUCGGGUUCAUAUUUACUCGUCGGAUUAGAGAAAUUCCGAGGUGCUGUGGUCAACAGCCUUUCUGAAGAGAAUGAUAAUGACACUGGUUAUGUUUUACCACUUAAUUCUGAUUUAUUUCAACAUCUGAAAUAUCAUUUUGCCUUUAAGGAGGAAUCCAGAGCUUUAAGAAUAUGUAAAUUCAAGAGUGACAAUAACACAUUAGACCAGGAAUCUUCUGACAUAGUAAAAGAAUUCACUCAAAAUAGUAGAGAAUCAGGUGCUGAAGAUAUAUAUCAGAUGACAGCUUUUGAAAAUAACAACAACUAUUAUUCAACAUAUUAUACACAAGCCACUGCUCCAGUUCGCUCACAGGAUAUCUAUUUACUCCCUGAAUCAACAAGGAAAUCUUCAACAAGUGGAGAGAAAAUUGCCAAGAAAAUUAAUAGUACUAUUGAAUUAGUGAAAUCAAAGAUUAAGAAAACUUCACCGAAUUUAGCGCCAGGAUCUGCUUCACAUAUUUCUAAAAAGUUUUAUCCAUCUCUCUCCAAAAUAAGACUGGUGCCAGAAACGAAAGAAAAUAUUUACAAAGAUAUUGAGGAGAUUUCUCUGGAAGGACAGUCUCGUUUCUUUUCUUCUGCAUAUGCCUCUGUUAACCCUGAUAUAGAGAGUGACUCAACAGCAGAACCUGGAAAUAAAUCUAAAGAAUUAGGUAAAAUGGGGGAGAAAUCCAAGAUGCAUGAUAAACUUCCAAGUAUCUCUAACAAAGAGUUUUAUGGUAUUCCUCCACCAAUUCCUGAGAAAAAUCAAGAAUAUGACAUGUCAUUGGAUGGUAUUGGUUGUGAAAAUUACCAGAGAACAAGUACUCUAAAGGUGAGUAAUAGACAUUCUGUAAAUUCAGGCAUGACUUCUGCUCAAAGAAGUAAGAAUAAUAAACUGAAUGGAGGGGUUAAAGUCCGCAGUAAAAUGGUAACCCAAAACAAUGGAGCUGAGUUUGACAAAGAUAAUGCUAAAGAUCAAAGGAAGAUUGAUGGUAAGGCUGUAAAUGUAAGAGAAAGUACUCUGUCCAAAGAUAUUGCAAGUAGUAAGACAUCAACGAAGGACAUUUCUGCUGACUGUUCUUUUGAUGAUGAAAGUAAUACUUAUGAUGACAUUAGAGAACACUUUGUACGGUUAUCAAAAGCAUCACCAGAACAAACAUCAGCACCAGCACCAAACCCGAAACAAUCAUCAACAACAGCGUUUCAACAAAACUCAAAACCAACACUAGUUAUGUCAAAAUCCACACCAGCUUCAGUACAACGAAAUAACUCAACUCCAAUACCAGUAAAAAAGUCCUCUAAAACAUUAACAAAAAGCAGUUCAGUAACAGAUAAAGAACAAGAUCCAAUGCCAUUACCACAAAACGAUUCCUCUCCUGCAUCUGAAGGUCAGAGACCAUCAGUCCCACUAGCCAAUCGACCACCAAUGCCAGUCCCUCAACCACCAUCCUCAACAGCAACACUACCACAAUCAGCAACAGAAAAAACAAAUUCUUCCAAAACAUUAUCCUCAACAAAAUUGGGGAUAGCCAAACGACCACCACUGCCAAUACCACAACCAACAACCCCAACAACACAACCAACAACAUCACCAACAGCAGAAUCACCAACAACAAAAACAGAAACAGCAACAUCAAAAUCAGCUCAACAGAAUCCUAAAGAAUCUAUAGAAAACAGUAUCAGUGAUGCAUCUGUUAAGGAACUGUGCAUGCUUUUGGAAAGUUGUGGUUUACAUAGAGUAAAAGACAUCUGCCAGGAAAAUUAUCUUGAUGGCUAUUUUCUUUCAAAAUUAUCUGAGAGUUCUUUACAAUCAGCACCAUUUAACUUAUCAUCUAUAGAAAUGAUGAAGUUAAAAAUGAUGUUGGAAGGAUGGAGACCAAAACUGGAAUAAUGGAAUAAUUGUGGUACUGAAUGACAAGAAGGAUCAAAUAAUUGAAGAAUUGGUGAAUGGAAUGAUAGAAGGACUGUAUGAUUUGAAUAAUGGAAGAUUGAAAGAAUUAAAUAAUGG